CCACACCCCCAACUAAAUCUCACAGACGAAAUCAAGACUGGGAGAGACUUUUCUUUUUCCCUCCUCAAAAAUUUUACACAGACGAACCAGGAAUUAUAACUUUAAACAUGCCUUUCGCUCCCCAAGUCACCCUCAUCUCCAAAUCCAGAGUCUACCCAGGUGAGAAAUCCGCCAUGGGAGACCUCAAGCUCUCCGUAACCGACCUUCCCAUGUUGUCUUGUCACUACAUUCAAAAGGGCUGUCUCUUUACUCGCCCCUCUCUCCCUGUCAACUCCAUUCUCUCCCUCCUCAAGCGCUCCCUCUCCCUUUCCCUCUCCCAUUUCCCUCCUCUUGUCGGACGGUUUCUCACCCUCGCCGACGGAACCGUCGUCAUUACCUGCAAUGACUCCGGCGUCGACUUCAUCUACGCCGACGCUUCCUCCCUCAAUGUCGUUGACGUGCUCGGUCCAUCCCACGUCCCAGACAUCGUCAAGGGAUUCUUUACCUUCGACGGAGCUGUCAGCUACGAAGGACAUAACCGUCCUCUCCUCGCCGUUCAGGUCACUUUCCUGGCCGAUGGGGUCUUCAUUGCUUGUUCUGUUAACCACGCAAUCGCCGAUGGGACGUCAUUUUGGAACUUCUUCAACACGUUCGCUGAGCUUUCUAGAGGUUUCAAGAAGGUGAUUUCUCAUCGCCCGGAUUUCAGCCGGGACUCUGUGUUUGUCUCGCCAGCUGUGCUCCAUGUUCCUGAAGGUGGACCCAAGGUCACCUUCGAUCAAAACGCACCGUUCAGUGAGAGAAUCUUCAGUUUCAGCAGAGAAGCCAUACUCGAGCUCAAAGCCAGAGUAAACAAGCGGGACUGGGCCGUCGUCGUUGACGGAGAUAUUGACGUCGUCGAAUUAAUGGGUAAAAAAAUCAACGACAAGUUCUACUGCCACCAGAACGGUAACGCCAAAUUAACGGAAAUUUUCGACACCUGGUUCGCCAACACUGACGCCGAGAAAGAAUCGCGUAAUGUUUCGAAGGAGAAGACGACGGAAAUCUCAUCUUUUCAAUCCCUCUGCGCAUUGCUAUGGCGGGCAGUGACACGCGCCAGAAAUCUCCCGGAGUUGAAAACGACGACGUUCCGCAUGGCGAUGAAUUGCCGUCACAGACUGAACCCGAAGCUCGACCCGCUUUACUUCGGCAAUGCGAUACAGAGCGUGCCAACUUACGCGCCCGCCGGUGAGUUGCUGUCAAGGGACCUACGCUGGUGCGCGAAGAAGCUGAAUCAGAACGUUUUGGCUCAAAGCGAUGAAACAAUCCGGAAGCUUGUGGCGGAAUGGGAGGCGAACCCGCGGUUGUUCCCACUUGGAAACUUCGACGGGGCUUCGGUCACGAUGGGGAGCUCGCCGAGAUUUCCGAUGUACGACAACGAUUUCGGGUGGGGUCGGCCUCUGGCGAUUCGGAGCGGGAAAGCGAACAAAUUCGACGGGAAGAUCUCGGCGUUUCCAGGGCGGGAAGGAAACGGAAGCGUUGAUCUGGAGGUGAUUUUGGCGCCGGAAACAAUGGCGGGAGUCGAGUCAGAUCCCGAGUUCAUGCAUUACGUGUCAAAUUAACAGUGGUGAUGAUGUAAUCUGGCUUGUUAUAGCCGUUGGAUUAACGUGGUUAGUUGUUUUAACGGGUAGGAUUUGUCACAUUUGUUAUAUAGCCUGUUUGUUUUUUCUUCAGUUGAUUAGUUUAACGUUUCUUUACACUUAAUACUGCAAACAGUAUGAUGCUUUUACC